CGACAGACUCCAACCCUUCUCCUUGAAUGGGAACAUAGUUUGACCUGAGAAAAAAAAAGCCUCAGCACAUGUACAAGACAUGUACAACAAAUCUCAAGACUUUACAUCUCGUGAACGGGUAGGGUGGAAGGAGGGGAGGGGGCGCAACGCACCCAGUCUGACGGGCAACUCAGACCGUUCAAGCGCUCUGUCAGUCAAGUUACGUCAUGAGCGCAGAGCGAAUAGAAACCCAACGAAGGCAGUGACAUCAGGGAGGGUGGUUUGCGCGUUGUUAUCGUGUGGGGUGUAUGCAUGUCGAGCGUCCGCAGCUUCAUCGCUAAGCUUAUCGUCUCCGUGUAGAGUCUCGGGCUCCAAAAAAUGUAAUCUAAAAAAAUAAAAUCCCUACAUCCAUACAGCGCCUGUGCUGAUUAGGGUCAAGGUUAAGCUAAAACCUAAGAUGAUUUGCAUGAAUAAUAUAUAUGGUUAUAUACAUGGUUUUGCAAGCCAAGCAAAGUGAAGUGUUCGGCACUGACCUCUUCAUUGAGCAAACCAGUAGAUCAGCCCUUUGUGCCCAGCUCACUUAAUUCUUUGCCAGAUCUAUUUGUUCCAGUGGGUUUAUUUAUAGGCCAAACCAUGCACUCAGAGACUACAGCUUUAAGUGCUACUCAAAAGCAAUUUUUCAUCUGCAAACUUCAGUGUCUUAAGCUCUAAAUCCCCUUAGUGUCAAACUGUCUGCAUUCCCCUCAGCUGCCAUAUUUCUGAUUUACAAGUGUUCUGUUUCCGUGAGCAACUGAGGAUCAAAGCUUGCCCUAAGUAUGGUUUAUCUCAUCAGGAGUUGUCCAGUUUGUGUGUACUGACCGGCGAUUGUUUUGCACUCGUUGGACACUUCAUUAAGGACACCUGUACACUCAGCUGAAGUAAAGUCCAAAGAUAAUAGUGGUUAGUUUUGAAUAACGAUGCCAGAGAGAUUUUACUUCAACAUCUUGCAUGAUUAUGAUUUUAGUUGGCAGUGGUGUAUGACACCGAGUAAUAUUUUGGUUAUCUUGUUUAACUGAUAAAACAUUAAUGUGGAAGUCAUAGCAUAUGGAGUUGCAGUCAUGUAAUUCUUUGAGAUCCACAAAGUGUCAAUAAGGACAUCUGUUCAGGAUUACAUCAUGAGAGUAGGGUGUAAUUCAUCACUGUGAUGUCAUAUCAUUUGUCUGGUUGUAGUUUGAAGGCGGUGCUGUCCACACCUCCAUCCAGCGGGGCGCUGGAUCUGUCCGGUAUCCCUCUGGUAGCUCGCGACAUGGAACGUCUAUGUGCACACCUCCUGCACCACGCUUCCGCAGUAGUAAGCUUGGAGCUGGGCUUCACUGAGCUGACUGAUGAAGCCUUCCUCCUGCUCCUGCCCACCCUGGCUGCCCUACCUCACCUGGAGACGCUGGCAAUGAACGGAAACCGCCUGACCAGGACUAUUCUGAAGGAGCUGACAGAUGCCUUAAAGGAUCCUAAUAGUUUCCCAAGUGUGACAUGGAUCGACCUGGGAAACAAUGUGGACAUCUUCUCCCUGCCUCAGCCUUUCCUGGUCAGCCUAAGGAAGCGCUGUCCAAAGCAGGGCAACCUGCCCACCAUCCUGGAGUUCGGUGAGAGUCAGGCCAGCGAGCCCCCUGAAAGGCUGAAAGUCAUCGGUGAAGACGAGGAGACCGACGACACCAACAGGACUGAAAGCAUGGGAGAGCUGCGGUCCGAGGUGGAGGAGGAACUGGACGGUGAGCUGGAGAUAGAGGAGAUGAUGGAGGAGCUACUGGACUUUGAUAGGGAGGUGCAAGGGAAGGAGGAUGAAGACGAGAGCAUGUGGACCGUCGAGGAGCAGAGGAAAGCCAGGAGGAUGAUGACACGUGAAGAAGAGUUAGACAGGAAAGGGAGGCCGGGCCGAUUGGCAGUGAUGGCGCAGGAUGAGGAUGACACACAGAGCCGCUCCUCCCCAUUGUCUUGCUCCAGCCCGUCACAGCACUCCUCCGCAGCUGUUUAA